AUUAAAUGCAGUCUUUCUGCACUGUGAAGAGGGAAAACCCAGAUAUUCACAAAGUUUGUGAUGAAUGACAGGUUGUUUCUUCAUGCAAAAUAGAUUUGGGGUUUAAAAUUCAAUUAAGCUGCUUUACUUUAGGGGUUUAGUGAAGUCGGGUCAUUUUUGACCCUUAGGACAAGGGGAGCAUACAGAAUGUUAAGACUACACAAGGAUUAAGAUGGUAGAGUAAACUGGUGGUCAAACUGGUGGAUUAUAUAGGCUGGUGACUAUAUAGGCUAGUCAACUGGAGAACAGUUGGUCGGCCAGUUAAGUGUCAAAAACACAGUUUAAACCAGCUUGGCCAGCUAUACUGGUUUAAAAUUGAAUUUUCAGCAGGGAAGUAUUCACAUCAAAUAUGAUUUUACUUUCGCUUUUACGGUGCUUCUCCGGAGAUACGUGGUCAUAAUAAUCGAGUCCAGUGUGAAGGCGAGCAAUGACACACAGCCAUGUCAGAAUCACUACGGCGUUAUUUAUCUUCGCGAACUUCAAAUUCGGUGAUGCCACAUCUGAGAUCACUGUCCACUCUAAUGGGAACUUCACACUACAGCCUAAUGUUCAGGGUCCCCUGGAGGAAAUUUUGUGGAAGCGGAAUCUUCAUAAGGUGGUUGAAUUUGACCAGAAGGAAGUGGUUGAAUACAGGCAGUUUAAAGGACGGACGAUCCUGGACCUCACAACGGGAGCCCUGACCCUCACACAUCUCACAGAGGCUGACAGUGGGGAGUAUGUUGGUGAGCUGCAGAUCAAGGGAAAUCUGGUGUACCAUCAUCAGAUGGUGAAAGUGUUUGAUGCUGUAGGUAAACCAGAAGUCACCUGCCAAGUGAACGGCUCCUCAGUAACCCUGCUGUGCUCUGGGGGCGACAGACCAAGCACUCAGUACAGGUGGGAGGGGCCUGCCAUAGAGCCCCAGCCAGGGUCCCAGCUGAAGAUAGAGGCAGCAGAGAGCUCUGAUGCAAUCUACACCUGUGUGCUGCACAACCCUGUGGGUGAGAGCAGAACAGACUUUCCUGUAAAGAGCUGCUUCCCUGCUCCAGGUAAGGCCCACUCAGCUGAUGUAGGGACUGAGCACAGGCCUGUCAUUCUGGCUGCCACAGUCUGCUUUUUACUACUACUACACGCUCUGGCUAACACACAGACACACAAACACGUGCAUACACACACACGUGCACACGCACACACACACUCGCAGAGUCAUAACAGGCAUUACCGUUGGAAAACCUUUUUCCGACUUCACAGUCCAGAGAGAGACUUUCUUCAAUUUAGAUCACUCACUACUACAACAAACACAUAUACCACAUAUUCUAGCACAUACAACGGAUUUUUUGUUGUAACAGACGUGUAGCACUUAACUUGAUUAUGACUUCUGAUGUAAAAACUGCUGUGUUGGCAAAGUGAGGAUUAAGUGAAAUAUGUUUCAUUUUCUGAAUCCAGCCGUUUUAACAGUUAAAACCCUCGAUUGACAUCCGGCACUCUGAAUACCGAACACAAGUGCAUCAACAGUUAAAACCCCUCACUUAUCCUACAUAUAAAAUAUAUUUGGUAAAUUUAAUUUCAUCUUAUUAUCGAAGAUGGGGUGGUACGGUGGUGCAGUGGGUAGCACUGUCGCCUCACAGCAAGAAGGUCAUAGGUUCAAAUCUUGGCUUGGGGCCAUUCUGUGUGAAGUUUGCAUGUUCUCCCUAUGUCCGUGUGGGUUUCCUCCCACAGUCCAAAGACAUCCAGGUAGUCUAAUUGGAGACUCUAAAUUGGCCAUAGGAACGGGUGUGUGAGUGAAUGGUGUGUGUCCAGGGUGUAUUCCUGCAUCUCGCCCAAUGCAUGCUGGGAUAGGCUCCAGCACCCCCCGCAACCCAGCUCAAGAUUAGCAGGUAUAGAUAAUGGAUGGAUGGAUUAGCAGAGUAUCAAUAAUUAAUUAAAUUGCCGAAUUCAUUGAUAGGCAGAGCAAUCUGUCUGAUCAACCUUUAUCAAAUGGAUAACUCAGAACCGGAUUAAAAUUAAGAAAUUAAUUAAGUUACAACAAAGAUUCACAUAUGAUAAAGACAAGGUUCUGCUACCUUAAAGAAAGGAAAACACAAUGUUACCGACAUGGACCAAGUUACAGUCACAAAGGAAAUGAGUGAAAAAAACAAACCACUGCCGGUUCUCCCAAACAUGCCCCAGGAAACCAAGAUUGCAGUCCAAAAACCAAAAGGCAGCCAAAUAUUCCAAAAGCCAGAGAUUUAAAUGUCAAGAUGCCAGGUGAGCUGUAAGACAGAAACAUCAGACCCUGUCACACCAAACUCCACACAACACCAGCCCUCGAUGCAAAGCUCAGAUUCCUUGGAUGGCAACCACAGAUCUGAACCCCAAAAUGUCCACUGCAAAAGAUGUUACUGGCUGAUGUUAAGCCCCCUAGAACCACUUUCUUCCUCCUAACUCUGACUAACUACAGUAGCUAAAGUAAAAUACACAUUUUUAUGUUAUCCCAUGAGGGAGGGGGGACAGUUGAGAGAAAGGGGGUGCACAUGGCUGCACUAAUUGGGUGAGGUGUGAAGUGUGGGGUGUGGGAGCAGGGACUGUCUUAUCUGAAAACUAGGCAUUAAACUAUGUAUUAACAUGGUCUCAUGUUUAGGACCAUGGGCUAAAGCACUGUGAUAUUAUUAUCAGAAGAUUCCUUAUCUUACAAUCUUUAUAAAGAGACCAAACAGGAAUAUUUUAGGAGGUAAUCCAGUUCAGCUAUCAAGGAAGGAAACAUGGAAGUUUACCUCUGCCUCCAACAACAGAAUAAAGAUAAAGGAUUGUUUAAUCUUAUCAGUUGCAGUCUCCACCUUCAGGCAAAAUAAUUUCCAUGUAACAAGACCAAAUCAUACCUCAUUGGUUUCUGCUUGAAACUGAAAUUGGUUCUAAAAAUUGAGAUUUCAACUAUCAGGUUAAAUUACCAUUAUCUAUAUCGGCAUCAAGAUUUUCAGUCAGUGAUUUCAGUUAAAUCUUAAAUAUUGCAUUCAAACUUAAAAGGAAAAUGGAUCUUUGUGCAGCUUAUGGCCACGUUUGGUCGCUGACCCCCAAUAUAGGGUCCUGUCCCUUCUGGGAGGUGAUAAAUAUGUAAAACAUUUGAAGGAGAGACAGCUCUCCAGGACACCCCAGACUUGUUUAGAGAGAAGACCUGUAACAUGGCUUCAUUGCCCCAUGGAUGUUCCCUUUCAUGUUAGUGGAGUGGAGAGCAGGGAGAGAAAACGGAUACAAUCCCACGGUUAUAUAAAUGAUAACGGAGUGUGGCACAGUGGGUAAGGAACUGGGCUUGUAACCGAAAGGUCGCCGGUUCGAUUCCCGGGUAAGGACACUGCCGUUGUACCCUUGAGCAAGGUACUUUACCUGCAUUGCUUCAGUAUAUAUAUCCAGCUGUAUAAAUGGAUACAAUGUAAAAUGCUAUGUAAAAAGUUGUGUAAGUCGCUCUGGAUAAGAGCGUCUGCUAAAUGCCUGUAAUGUAA